AUGUUGCAGUUGCGGCGGGGGAAAUUGCGGGAGGGUGGCGAUGCAGAAGGGGCAGCGAGAUGCGUGGGUGACGCGGAAGCAGUCGCGGCGGCGGAAUGCGCAGGCGGCGAUGUUAGGUCGCGGCGGCGGGACGGGCAGGGGGCGACGAGCUGUCGCGGCGGCGGGACGGGCAGACGGCGCCGAAGCAGGCGCGGCGGCGGGAAGGGGAGGCGGCGACGUGACGUCGCGGCGGAGGGACGGGCAGGCGGCGACGAGGCGUCGCGGCGGCGGGAUGCGCAGGCGGCGCCGAAGCAGGCGCGGCGGCGGGAACGCGGCGACGAGACGUCGCGGCGGAGGGACGGGCAGGCGGCGACGAGGCGUCGCGGCGGCGGGAUGCGCAGGCGGCGCCGAAGCAGGCGCGGCGGCGGGAACGCGGCGACGAGACGUCGCGGCGGAGGGACGGGCAGGCGGCGACGAGGCGUCGCGGCGGCGGGAUGCGCAGGCGGCGCCGAAGCAGGCGCGGCGGCGGGAACGCGGCGACGAGACGUCGCGGCGGAGGGACGGGCAGGCGGCGACGAGGCGUCGCGGCGGCAGGAUGCGCAGGCGGCGCCGAAUCAGGCGCGGCGGCGAGAAGGGGAGGCGGCGACAGGGGGUCGCGGCGGGGGGGAGGAGGGGACAGCAGCGUUGCGCUCGCGGCGGUGGAAUCCGCAGGCGAGGAAGGCGUAA